UGCGUCCCUCCCAGUUUCUCUCGCAGCCAAGUCAGACCCGUCUGCCCGCAGCAGCCAGCUAGCUCCUCAGCAAGGCCACUGCGGGAAGAUGGCGACGGAUAAACAGAAACAUGAAGGUAGAGUGAAGAUUGGACAUUAUAUUCUUGGAGACACACUUGGAGUGGGGACGUUCGGAAAAGUUAAAGUGGGCCAGCAUGAGCUGACCAAGCACCAAGUGGCAGUGAAGAUCCUGAACAGGCAGAAGAUCCGCAGUUUGGACGUGGUGGGCAAGAUCCGCCGGGAGAUCCAGAACCUGAAGCUUUUCAGGCAUCCCCACAUCAUUAAGCUGUACCAGGUGAUAAGCACCCCCACAGACAUCUUCAUGGUGAUGGAGUAUGUCUCCGGAGGAGAGCUCUUUGACUACAUCUGCAAAAACGGAAAGCUGGAUGAGAAGGAGAGCCGCCGUCUGUUCCAGCAGAUCAUCUCGGCGGUGGACUACUGCCACAGACACAUGGUGGUCCACAGAGACCUCAAGCCUGAGAACGUGCUGCUGGACGCUCAGAUGAACGCCAAAAUCGCAGACUUCGGGCUGUCCAACAUGAUGUCAGACGGAGAGUUUUUGCGGACGAGUUGUGGUUCGCCAAACUACGCUGCCCCUGAGGUCAUCUCCGGAAGGCUCUACGCCGGCCCCGAGGUGGACAUCUGGAGCAGCGGGGUGAUCCUGUACGCUCUGCUGUGCGGCACGCUGCCCUUCGACGACGACCACGUGCCCACGCUCUUCAAGAAGAUCUGCGACGGGAUCUUCUUCACGCCGCAGUACCUGAACCCCGCCGUGAUCAGCCUGCUCAAGCACAUGCUGCAGGUGGAUCCCAUGAAGAGAGCCACGAUCAAAGAGAUCCGGGAGGACCAGUGGUUCAAAGAGGACCUUCCCAAGUACCUCUUCCCAGAGGACCCCUCCUACAGCAACAACAUGAUCGACGACGAGGCCCUGAAGGAGGUGUGCGAGAAGUUCGAGUGCUCCGAGGAGGAGGUGCUGACCUGCCUCUACAGCCGCAACCACCAGGACCCGCUGGCGGUGGCCUACCACCUCAUCAUCGACAACCGCCGCAUCAUGAGCGAGGCUAAGGACUUCUACCUGGCCUCCAGCCCGCCGGACGCCUUCCUGGACGACCAGCACCUCACCGCGUCCUCCGCCUCCGCCGCCGGCAUCAAGCCCCACCCCGAGCGGGUGGCGCCCUUCUUGGUGGCGGAGACCCAGCCCAGGCCCCGGCACACGCUGGACGAGCUGAACCCCCAGAAGUCGAAGCACCAGGGGGUGAGGAGGGCCAAGUGGCACCUGGGGAUCCGGAGCCAGAGCAGACCCAAUGACAUCAUGUCGGAGGUGUGCCGCGCCAUGAAGCAGCUGGACUACGAGUGGAAGGUCGCAAACCCAUAUUACCUGCGCGUGCGGAGGAAGAACCCAGUCACGGGGAUGCAAACCAAGAUGAGCCUGCAGCUCUACCAGGUGGACAGCAGGACAUACCUUCUCGACUUCCGUAGCAUCGACGAUGACAUGUUCGAGACUAAAUCAGGCACGGCCACCCCCCAUCGCUCAGGCUCCGUGGGGAACUACCGCGCAACCCUUAAGAACGAUGCAGAGGUGGCCGAGGCCAAGGGAGACGGUGCCUCCGCCCCCGUGCCUGCCGCCACCCCGGCCAAACCCUCCGAGGGCUCGCUAGCGUCCUCGCUCACCUCGUCUGUGGACUCCGCUGGGGGCGACGGCGCCGCGUACCCCCGCCCGGGCAGCCACACCAUAGAGUUCUUUGAGAUGUGCGCCAAUCUCAUCAAGCUACUUGCACGAUAGCUACUAGCAGCAGCAAUCAAUCCGCUGGCCUUUUUUUCUUCUUUUUUUUUUCUUUUUUUUUAUUCCUCCUCCUGUCUGAGUGUCUUUAUAAGCAAUAAGCAUGCAACCAAUUCAUGGCUCAAGUCAUCCUUCUCUAGGUGAGGAUGUGCUGGUGGUUCCAUGGCACUGAUGCAAGUUUGCAUCAGCAAACAGGAUGGGGAAGUCUGAGGUGAGGGUUGGGUAUGAACCCAGGUGAGCAACUAUUACCAAGCCACUUUAUUGCCAUAACAGGAUAUCAUUCUAAGAGAUGGUUACGUUUCCCAUUAUUAACAUUAUUAGACAUCACCAUACUCCUCCAACCCCAGCUGGUCAGGACCCAUAAAUAUAUAGUAUGUCUUGAGUGAUACACUGAAAUAGCUGUACUGUAGUCAGUGCACAUUGCUGUAUUUUUGUCCAGUACAGGGGGGGGCUAAAGCAAGUUUUCACCUGCAAGGAGAGGAAGGGAGCCAGGGGGAGAGGAAGGGGGCCACAGAGAUAGGCUAGGUGGGCUUAUGAGGGCCAGCGAGGUGGUUGAGGGGGAAGCAGGAAGCACUUUUGCACCGUUUUUCUUUUCCGCUGCCCUCUUGUUCUCUCUGAGACGGAGGAACCUGUGCAGAUCUCACCGGGGGGAACUGCGCCGGCUGGAACGAGGGCUGCCAUGCCAGCUGUGCCCUCUGGACUCUGAGGAAGUGCAAUGACCCAGUGUCUUUCUCUUUUGUCAGGCAGCAAAAAAAAAAGAGUACUUCAUCAGAAUUAUGUUUUGCUGUUGGUUAUUUUGUGAAUUUCAUUGAGUUUUGAAAGUCUAGAUUUUCAUGAUUUUGUCAUUGUUGUAAAAAAAAAAUGUCUGUUUGGAUUUGUCUGUCCCCUACAUUUUAUAUAUAAAGAAUUAAAAAAAAAUGCAUUUGGAUAUAUUUAUCAGUGCUUUAAGUGGGGAGCAUAAUCAUAUUGAAAUAGGAUUUUUGACUGAAAGAUGCGUUUGUCUUGGAUCAGUAUAUUGCUCGGUGGCAUUUUAUUCAUUUCGCUUUCUAAGAAUCAAUAUCACAGCUUUUUUAUUUUUCAUUUUAAUCACUGUUAUUUAGGUACCCUUCAAUGCCUGUCUUCAAAACCCCAAUGCAAUUCAAAACAACAGGAGUGAGAUCAACAAACAGUUGGCACAUUCACAGCACCAUGUACCAAGCUAUAAAAGGUUGACAAUGUUUUUGUUUUGAUGUUUCUUGGCCGUUUUGAAGACUUCACUGAUCAAGUUUCUGUGGAACAUGUAAACAAGGAAUUUUACUAAGUGGCAGGCCUUUGUCCUAAAUUCAAACAAGGUCUAUCAUGAGGGAAGUCCCUGAUCAAAUCUCAUACACAUUGGCCCAUGACAGCAGACUGGAAGCCCCUUAUACUGAAAUCCAGCUCAAUUUUGUCUCCCAGUAGGUUAAAAGCUUUAAUCCAAGGGUAAAAUUAUGACAUCUCUGACUCCUCUUCUAUGUACUGCUUGGUAUUGGUCAACAAUCCAUAUGAAGACACAUCAGGGUUUAGGGCCGAUUUGAAAAAGAUGAUUUGUUGCAGGGACAUGCAGUGCAUGGACUAUGUGUUUUGAUAAAUCAAAAGAUAGUAUUAAUAUUAUUACGUUUCCGGUUACCUUCACUUCUGUUUGACCAUAUCCCCUGACUUUGAUAUUCGCUUGAACCUUAAAGUAAAGGCCUGUGGGCCCUUGAAGGAAGUGUAUUUUUCUAUUGAUGAAAGGAUGGGUUUUGUUUUGCUUCACUGUCAAUAAACCCAUCGGGACAAAUCUGUCUUUUUGAGUCUUAAUGUCUCUUGUCAUUUGGUUGGCUGCCUUAUCAUAAACAGUACUGUUGAUCAGUUUUAUAUUGGAGAAAUUAGAUCAUUGUCUGCCCUCAGUAGGCUUUUGUUUUUGCCCUGGUUUCUUUGUUUGGACCUUAUGUUGUUGGACCAUCAACCGUUUUUGUGUUUUGAAAGGAUAGGUGCACGAUAUGAUUCCAAAUUGUCCUUAUGACAACACGCAAGAAUUGUUUGGAAAAUGUGUGUGUGUUUGUGUGAAACUUGUACCCUCUUUUAAUGGCUUAUUUUGUGAAUCAUUUUUCCAUAUGAGUGGGAGUGUGCAGAGUGGGGACUUUUAAGGAGAAUUAUGUAAUUGUAUAUUGUCUUAACUGCUUUAAAGAAACGUUUUAUUUUUAUUUCUUUUGUUAAGGGACCCUUCUAGAAUUACCAAUAUAACUUUCAAUGGACAGUGUUUGAAAUAAAUCAUUUAUAUACACAACUGCCUAAUAAACCGCUAAAUUGCACAAAUGUU